ACACUCACGUUUGAUGAUUGAUGAUAUAUCGUUUUUCCGGUUCGUGCUUCGACCUCACGUGUCAGUCUCUGAAGCUUUCUAUGAUCAACGGAUUCGAAUGAUUUUGGACACAAUUCGCUUCCUCAAAUCCUUCGAUUGGCUCUGCUCACUGCUCAAACCCCAGUUCCCCUCAUAAAGUGGGGAACUUGGAGUUUUGAUUUGAAGUUGAUGGAUAAAGCUCUGAUAUUCUAACAUUGGCAAAAGCGCAUAAUCAUUUGGAUUUUCUGAAGUCAAGAAUGAAUAUAGGAAUGGCAUCAUUAACUCAAACUCAUUAUCAAAUACACACAUCAACUAACAGGAAGGAACAUCAUAGAAGCCUGAUAUUAUUAAACUCUGGAAAAGCAUUUCAACUCCAGGGACUUAGUUUUCCUCAUACUCGAAUAAAAGAAUCAAGCAUAUGCUGCACAAAGUUGACUCCGUGGGAGCCGUCACCUUUCACUUAUGCUCCUACAGAUAAUCAGAGUGAUAAGUUCUUGCCAAGUUCGGCCAAUAUAUUUGAAACUCUUGAUCCUAGUAAAACAGCUGAAUCGAUUACAGAAAAUGCCGAAGCAUCUGCAGAGACUGAGAAUCACUCAGGCAUGCAAUUUCAGCUUUUCAAGUGGCCUAUGUGGCUUCUAGGUCCUUCUAUUCUCCUUGCAACCGGCAUGGUGCCGACGUUAUGGUUACCAAUAUCCUCAAUCUUUCUUGGUCCCAAUAUAGCAAGCCUACUUUCCUUGGUUGGACUUGAUUGCAUCUUUAACCUCGGCGCAACCCUUUUUCUCCUCAUGGCUGACUCUGUUUCGCGUCCGAAGAAUCCAAUGCAAGAAUGCAACAGCAAGGCACCCUUCAGCUACCGGUUCUGGAACAUAGUUGCUACUCUAACCGGAUUCAUCAUCCCAAUGUUGCUGAUGUUUGGAUCUGAUAAGGGCAUUCUGCAGCCUCAACUUCCUCUCAUCUCGUCGUUAGUUCUAUUUGGACCUUAUCUUCUUCUAUUGUCAGUACAGGUUCUGACUGAGAUACUGACUUGGCAUUGGCAAUCACCGGUCUGGCUCGUUACCCCAGUCAUAUACGAGUCCUACCGUGUUCUGCAGCUAAUGAGGGGGUUGAAGCUCGGAGCCGAACUUGGUGUGCCGGCAUGGAUGAUGCAUACUAUUAGGGGGCUGGUUUGCUGGUGGGUGCUAAUUCUUGGUUUGCAGCUUAUGAGGGUUGCUUGGUUUGCAGGUUUUAAUGCUCGAGGCCGAAAGCAGCAAUCGCCUUCGUCCAAUACUUCGGCUGCUAAUGGUGUUUACUGAUUGCUGCAACAUCAAAUAACAAGAAAGAGACAUUCUUAUGGAUUCAAUAGAUAUGGUUUGAAUUUUGUUAUGGUCUUAUGGAUGUUUUCAAUCCUAUGUGUAGUGAUAGACUGAUAGUGAUACACAUAAAUAUAUAAUAGCUAGUUAAACACAUUAAAUGCUUCUUAGAUUCAAUACAAGAGUAUCCUUUUACAAUUCUUUU